AAACUUGGCACAAUGCAGACAGACAAGUACCGUUCUAGUUGCAACCACCUAACCCAGACACAUCCAUCAGAUUGCCAGACAGAGAAGCAUGAUUCGUCACUUCAGAGAACAUGUCUCCACUGCCCUAGAGUCCAGUGGCGGUCCACUGAGUUACUGCUGUUCCCAGCUGCUUUCACUUCGUUAUAAUAGCACUAACAGUUGACUGUGAAAUAUUUAGUAGCAAGGAAAUUUCACGGAUUUACUUAUUGUACAGGUGGCAACCUAUCACGGUACCACUCUUGAAUUCACUAAGCUCCUGAGAGCGACCCAUUCUUUCACAAAUGUUUGUAGAAGCAGUCUGCAUGCCUAG